AAAAAACUUCUGAAGAUCCCCUACAGCAAGUCCCACGUGAGCAUGGCAGUGCAUCGCAUUGGGAGGACACUCCUCCUGGAUGAGCUGGACAUUCAAGAGCUCUUCAUGAGAUCCUCUCAGACAGGGGACUGGACAUGGCUGAAAGAAUUUUAUCAAAGGCUGAUUGAUCAGAAGUGGCAACGAAAAAAGAAGAGUAAAGAACAUUGGUACCAAAAGGCUAUCCUUUCUAAAUUCUUGUAUUACAGCAUUAAUGGUGAUGGAGCUGCUCAGCCUGUUCCUUCCACUUCCAAACAGCACCAGGAGGGUCCUGUUUCAGGUGAGAGUGAUGAAGCAGGAAGGGCCUCCUGGCCAGCUCCUUUUGAGAUGCCUUCUGCGUUGUCUGAAGAGCCAGGUGCCUCUAACCAGGGCAGUGUGCCUCUUGAACCCUCAUAUAUAGUGGGGCAUGUGGCCUCAGCCCCCAAAGAACAAAACCUGACUCCUUUGUUCAAUGAUGGGGAAAACAGUCAGGGACUGAAAAAUGACUUUGUUCGUAAUAUCUUGUGGACCUUUGAAGAUAUCCACAUGUUGGUAGGAUCAAAUAUGCCAAUAUUUGGAGGUGGGAGGUACCCUGCUGUGAGCUUGCGUCUCAGGGACAACAACAAGCCAAUAAAUGUGCUAACAGGAAUUGACUAUUGGUUGGACAACUUAAUAUGCAAUGUACCAGAGCUUGUGAUGUGCUUUCAUGUUAAUGGGAUCGUUCAGAAAUAUGAAAUGAUCAAGACUGAAGAUAUUCCCAAUUUGGAAAACUCAAAUUUUUCUACCAAAGUGAUAAAAGAUAUUGCUCAAAAUAUCUUAUCUUUUCUGAAAUCCAAUUGCACCAAAGAAGGACAUACUUAUUGGUUAUUUAAAGCAAGUGGGAGUGAUAUUGUAAAGCUCUACGACCUAACCACCCUUUGUGAAGAGACAGAAGACAAAUACCAAAACCCUUUUACAAUGCCAGUGGCAAUUCUUCUAUACAAAGUUGCGUGCAAUAUGAUGCUGAAGAAAAACCAGAACAAGAAACACUAUGGCACUAUCAGAACAUUGCUCCUUAAUUGUCUUAAGUUAUUGGACAAUGGCAGACAUCCUCAAAUUAUUGCUUCAGCAAACUACAUGUUAUCAGAGCUUUUUCAGUUGGAUGAGCCUAAAAAAGAAGACAGUACAGACUUCCCUAUAAAUGGAAAUUCUGAUGAAAGCUACAGCGAGGAAGAGGAAGAAAUGCCAGAUAGUGAUGAAAAUGGUUCUUACAGUAACAGUUCUGAUCCACCAGAUGACAACAAAGCUGUGGCCAUAAUCAAGUCUGUGGGAGAGCUGUCAGUCCCAGAAAAGUACAAGUCUGUUCAUAGGAUACGU